AUGGCAAAAAGUGCUCGAUCAAGUAUAAUAAAGCGCAACAAGGCCAAAUUGCGAGCAUCAGUGUUUGGGCCUGUUGUAGAUCGACGGACGGAGAGACUCUCUGCCAAACUCCAGGAGUUGGCUUCAAAAACGUCUGUGAAGGAUGCAGACAUGACAGAUGCAGAUUUCACAUUGACAGGCAUGGAUAUCGAUCAAACACCCAGUUCUUCUAAAUCAAAAUCCGCAGAAGAAUCCAACACUGCGAAUCGAAUCCAGAAGAAAGUCCGGAGAAAGACACGACCGUCGAUUACUUUUAAACCACACCCGAGAAAGGCGAAGAAAGCGACGACGAAAAAGAGAUAG